AUGCCUGUCGCAGGUGUCGCCGCAACAAGUCUCGCUGCGAUUCUUUUCGGCCGUGCUCACUGUGUUUGCGCGCCGAUGUGGAUUGCGAACCGGUACAAGUUGGUGAAUCCUUACAUACAACCUCCGUUAAGAGGUACUAGAAGUAACCCCAAGACGACAUCGUCAACAUCUCUCUUUGGCACGCGCCGUCAUGCAUCAGAACAUGAUACGGACCAUGAUGAAACGCAACCAGACCGGUGCGAAGCGCUGUCGAAAUCGUCGGAACCUGAAACCCCAGAAGUACCUGGGACGGACUCUGCAAUGGGUAUUGCGAGAAAGAUAAGCAGACUUGGAAGCCAAGGCAUUGGUAGUUGUUCAACGUUUGCCAUUCCUGACGGAGACUACCCCUCCCAGAGCCCUCGCUCAGGUGCCGGUGAUGCGCGCAUUCCCAUAUCAACGAUUCUGGGACGGCCAUUCCCUAACCGACAGCUCAUCCAUACACUUAUGGAAGACUACUUUGAUGCAGUUCACUGGUUCUCUUUGGUAAUAUACGAGCCAAAGUUUCGAAGACAACUCGCCUCCGUCGAGGGUGGAUAUGCGUAUCAAUCUGACGCUUCGUUUCUUACGUUGCUGUCCAUGGUCCUGUGCAUGGGUGCGUGGUACAGGUCGAACCGGGUAGCUCACGAGGGAGAUGAAGAUUGGCGCCGCUGGAGUGAUGACUUGCUGGGAAUUGUUGAAUCCAGGCUAAUCUGCCUAAUGGAUGAGACAUCAAUUACUGCUGUGCAGACGUGCAUCCUGCUGGGGUCGCAUCACGUCUAUCACGGUCGACCAAAUCUAUCCUUUGCACUGCUAGGGGCGACGAUUAAAAUAUCCCACGCCUUGGGCAUACAUCGACAUGUCUCUGCACAUAAAAGUUCCAGCGAAAUUGAAGAGCGCAAAAGAGUAUGGUGGACAAUCUACACGUGGGAUAGGUUCGCUUCCAUCUCCUAUGGGCGACCCAUGAGCAUCAAUGACGAAGAUUUCAACAUCGAGAUGCCCGAAGAGUAUCCCGAAUCGCCGUACUUUUCUUGCAUACCCAAUGGCCAACAAGCAUCUGGCCUUGUAUACUCACGAUACCAGACCGAAUUAAGCAGUCUCUACCGCAUUGCAUCCCCGGCGUUGAAGGUCGUUUUUGGCUGCAUUUCAACUCACAACCCCAGGCAACGAUACGAGUCCGAGUACGCUUCCCUAGUCAGCGAGGUCACUGAGAAGCUACACACCUGGAGAACCAGCCUACCUCCACACCUAAACCUAGACCUCGAUCACGACUAUUCCAGCGGGAACAAUGACUGGAAGACUCGGGCGCAUACUUUACAGUCUUUGUCGCUGCAGUUGACUUUUGACAACUUACUCAUAGUGCUCUAUCGGCCAUUUCUAGCCAAACAGGUCGACCACUUGUCGGUUACGCCCUCGAAUGCAUGCACACUGGCAUCUCGGGCUGGCUCCCCCGUCCCUAAGCAACAUGGCGUUUCGUUCACUGGAAACCUAGGAAGCUCCACGGCCGCGGAUGCCAUUGCCGACACUACCAACAACUCGGAGUACUGGCUAAGUGCGGCUGUAAGAACGGCGCGAAUUUCUGAGCUUUCCGAGCUGGCCCAGCUUGCAAGGGAAAGCCAUCUUGUCGCCUUUAUGGCCAUAAACUUGUUCCACGCCGCGAUCGUGCUUAUACUUCUGGCCCUCUCGGACCCUCUUUCUGACAGAGCCCAGAAGCUGAAGAGGACGAUAACCCGGGUGCUUCGCCUGCAGAAAUUGCUGGGCAAGCAGUCAGCUCUGUCGAAGCAAAGCAGCUUCGUUCUCCAAAACCUUAUAUCUUUGCUGCUCAGGAGGGAGGAAGAGGCCAUGUUGGGCAGGCCGUCCGCCGCUCCCAGCCGGGACGUCGGCACGGAGGAGACGCGACGAUCUCAAGGUCUGACUCACAGUCCCUUUCCGACAGCUGGUGAUGUCGUCCCCAGCCACCAGUCAUCACCAUUGGAGGGGCCAAGCAUCAUCCCUCAACACGGUACGGACACGGGGUUGUGGCCGAAUUUGACAGUAGCGCAGCAGCUGAACGAGAGCCUUGUAUCUGUACAAAAAGUAUUUCCUGCGUCGAACGAGCAGUUGGUGCAAGGCGCCAAUGUAUCAGACACGCCGUUUGAUCAGCGUCAAAUGUGGAACCAUUCAUAUAACGAGACGGGUGGAAGUGACAUCGGUCAAGCCGUAGCACCAGGCGCACCGGGACUGGAUAAUGGGACUAAUGGCUUGUUCUGGCUUUGGGACUUUAAUUGGGAUAGUGCUCAUAUGCAAUCAUAUUAG